AUGGCGUCCCAACAAGUCUUCCGCUUGCCCCAGCGCAACUCCAUCCAGGACAUCCAACUUGUCACCGAGCCGAUUCCUACGCCAUCGUCCUACGAAGUCCUCAUCCGUAUUCGAAGUGUCGCCCUCAACUUCCGCGACUUCGCUGUUGCAACCGGAAAAUACCCCUUCCCCGUCAGAGACAAUGUUGUUCCUUGCUCCGACCUUGCCGGCGAUGUGAUGAAGGUUGGGCAACAGGUUGAUGGCUUUGCCGAGGGAGACAAGGUUGUGGCUGCUUUCGAUCUCAGCACUCUCUAUGGCCCGAUGAAAGAUUGGAACCAUAGCCUGGGAGGUGUUUUCGAUGGAGCCCUGAGGCAGUACAUCGUGCUGCCUACCUCAGCUCUGGUCAAGGUUCCAUCGGACUCGGAGCUAAGCUAUUCGGAGCUGUCGGCUUUGGUGUGCACUGGUUCUACUGUGUGGAACUCGCUGUAUGGCAACACCGUGCUGAAGCCGGGUCAGACCGUUCUAUGCCUCGGGACUGGUGGCGUGUCAAUUACCGGACUGAUGCUGGCCAAGGCCGCUGGAGCAACUACAAUCAUCACGUCUUCCUCUGACUCCAAACUGAAAUACGUCCAAGAGACCUACGGAGCCGACCAUGUGAUCAACUACAAGUCGAACCCUAACUGGUCUGAUGAGGUUCUUAAGAUCACCAAAGGCCAGGGAGCGGACUUCAUCCUCGAGAAUGGCGGCGCUGGAACGAUUGCCCAAAGCAUUAAUGCCGUCGCAUAUGGAGGAUCUAUCGCCGUAAUCGGCUUCCUGGCGUCUUGCCCCCAGGAUCAGAUGCCGGACGUGGCUGCCCUGGCUUUGUCUAAGGGAGCUGUUGUUCGUGGCAUCAUGGUCGGAUCUAGACAGCACCUGGAGGAGGUUACACGAUACGUGGUGGCUCGCGGAUUGAAGGUUCCCGUAGAGAAGGAAUUCGGAUUUGGGCGGGAUGAGGUGGUAGCUGCCUUUGAGUAUCUCUCAACUGGAGCACAUGUUGGCAAGGUUUGUAUCAAGGUUCAGUAA